GUCAAAACAAAUUUUCGAACUUAACCUCACUAAGGUCCCUCAAUCACAAUGUUAUCUACGAGUUUAAUAUUAAAAAAUACAAUUAAACCUAGAAUAGUUUCAUGUAGUUUUCAUUUAACAAGCCAAAAUAAUGAAAUUCAGAAAAUGACUAGGCUGCGUGUGGUAGACAAUAGUGAAAUUGGUAAACAAGCCAUGGCAGAAGGAAAACCUCCAAAAUGUAUUCAUGUUUAUAAUAAAACUGGAGUAGGAAGAAUAGGGGAUAGGGUACUAGUUGCUAUAAAAGGUGAAAAGAAGAAAGGGAUCUUAGUAGGAUUGAAACAAAACCAACAAUCCAAAGUACCUAAAUUUGAUAGCAACAAUCUAGUUCUGAUAGAUGACAAUGGUUCUCCAUUAGGAACUAGGAUACAUGCACCAAUACCCACAAUUCUUAGGACAAUUUUAAAAGAGAAAACACAUGCCAAAGGUGCUGAUUAUACAAAAUUGUUGGGGAUCGCUUCAAAAUUUGUUUAAUAAUACUUAACUGUUUUAAAUUAGAUUUUAUAUAAAUUAAAUAUAGAUGUAACAUAA